AUGGCAGAGGCUGUGACCGAUACUGGUCAUCCUGACCAGGCUGAUUAUGUUGAUGUCAGUCUGGGAAAUGCCGACGACGCUCACAUCGACCUGAUCGGCUUUGACGAUGACGACUUCGAUUUCACCCACGCCGAUGAAAAUGCCACUGUUUCUGAAGUGGCUCACAAGGCUCAGGCAGACGAUGUCGCAACAAGUGAGCAGACUGUAGGAGCGGAGACUGACAUCCAAGCCGCUGAGCUUGAUGAAAUCACUUUUGACGGAGAUGAGGAACAUAUAGCAGCUGAAGUCACGUCUGCUGCAGCCGACGCUACAGGAACGACUGAACAGGCGCUGGAGGAUUUCGAUGAAAUCACUUACGAUGGCUAUGAGGCGGAGAUCACGGCGAGUGGCACAAAUGACGACGAAGCUCUGCGACACAUUGGUGGAACACAGGCAACCGGUCACAAUGGAGAGACCCAGGAGGGCUCAAUCGCCUCACACAACACCACCACAGAGCCCAUUGAUGCUACUGUGAGAAAUGUAACAGAACACCAACCCACUCCUGGCUUCUCUGCCUUGACCUUCGACGGGGUGUUCGAUGACGUACCCAGGCUGCAGGAUGCAGCUGGUGUAGAUGUCGGCGACGUUGUGGACGAUGCCAGAGAUGCUGGUGAAGGGGAUGUUACGGGAGAAAUGAGUCUCGAGUUCGAUGAUGCAAGUGCUUCAUACGAGAGUGAUAGAGAAGAGAGUCCCUUUGCGACCUCGCCCCCCAAUGUUACUGUAACUUGGGGUGAUGAGGUCUGCCCACUGUUCAAGACCGUGGAUGGUCAGCAGCCGGGUUCCUACUACCUGGAUGAUACCGAGUAUAUCGAUCGCCCGCUCUCCGAUUUCCUGACUAGAAUUCGGGAGUCGAUUGCAGAAUGGCUCAAUUCCAACGACGAACUCCUGAUCCGAGUCCAGGAGCUUGGUCUUGAGUUUGCAGAGACAACCACAGGUGCUAUCCUGGAUCAGUUCACUUUCGGCCAGCUCUUGGGCUUGCACAACACACUGGCUAUGAAUGAUGGCGAGGUCCCGACCCCGGAGUUACACCUCGUCCUCACUACACGCCCUAAUUGUAGCGUGAGGAUCCAGAAGCUUGUCCAGGCCGCCAAUGAGGGCCGAGGCCUCUCUGCUCUCCAGUCAGAGCUGUCAUCUAGCGCCUCGAAUGAUGCCGAUGAUGUGGAGCAGGGCUCCGAGAUGUCGUCACCUGUGAAGUCUGCGCUGCACGAUGAUGCUGAAAUCGCGCCUCACCCGUACUCAGAUGCUCCUUCAGUUGAUGAGAAUGGCGAGGACUUGAUCCUUGGAUACAACGAAGCAUAUGACCAGACCGACAUGGCUGGUGGUGAGAUGGGCGGUCCACUUGAGGAGCACCUGGCUAGUUCUCAUGGACAAGACGUGGCCCAUGAAGGUGACGAUUCUCAUCCGGAGGCCCACCAGUCGACCGAGGUUUCUCAGGAUUUGGAUGUUGCCCAAAGUCAUGAUCUGACUGGCAUAGUUGAAGACACGGACUUCACGGUUGAUUUCCGCGAGACUCCUCCAGCGGACACUAAUGCUUCCCUACAAGCCGACGAUUCCGAGAUCGUCCAAGGAAACACCGAGGAUAAGAUCCAGGACAUGGACUAUCUCGAUUUCGACGACGAAGUUGUUGAGCAGACAGAUGUUCUGCAACCAUCGGCUCACGAAGAUACCGCGACCGGAGCAACCCAGCUGGACGAACUGGACGGCGGAGAAGAUGGAAUGCAAACCGCCAGUAAGGUAACAAAUGAAGAAUUGGUAGAGCACUACGACAAUAUCGACUACGGUCAGGAUCAUUCCAGCGUAAGCAACACCAUAAGCGGCGAGGAGCUCGGCCAUGACGAUCAGCUUCCUGUGACUGCCGAACAUGAGACUGCUCAAUUCCCGGCUGGGGAGUCAUCGCAGAACACCGGAGUCACCCGCAAGGAUGAGGAUCUAGAUGAGAUCGACUGGGAGGAUGACGAGGAUGAUACAGCUGCGCAGAAAGCGCAGGCAUCUACACCUACAAGCGUUACCGGAAAACGCGGCCGUGAGGCGGAGGACGGUGAGGGUCUGGCUGACGAGCACGACGUCAAGCGGCAUCGGGCUUGA